UUAUAAUCAACAUACAUAAGUCUCCAACUGCCCUUUCCAGAUUCUUCUUUCCCCGUCACCAGAAGAAACAUUACAAUGCCAAUUUUCAAGCUUUGGAAGAGACGGAGCCCUCGUGAUCCAGCCCGCCAGCCACUUUUGAGCCCCAGGAGUAGAGCUAAUCCGGAGUGCAACCAAUCAGAAACCCUUGAAGCAGUUCCUUUGUCGACGCCCCUACCUUCCCAGCAGUUGUUGGUGCUAUGUUUGAUGCGAAUCACAGAGCCCAUCUCCCAAAGCUUGAUCCAGCCUUUUAUCAACCAAAUGCUUGAGGAUUUAAAAGUCACUCCUGAUAGAACUAAAAUUGGGUUCUAUGCAGCUAUGUACAACAUCACUAGCUUCGGCGUUCAAACCAGUUUUAUUGGCCUGGUCGUAGCAAGGUGUUUUGCCGGGAUCAUGAACGGAAACGUGGGUAUCGUAAAAAGCGUUCUGGCAGAGAUCACAGAUGAGACAAACAAAGCCCGAGCAUUCUCGCUGUUACCGAUGUCUAACGCCAUUGGGAUGAUCUUGGGACCCAUGAUUGGUGGAUACUUGGCGGAGCCGACAAAACAGUAUCCUACGAUUUUUGGACAUAUCGAAUUCCUCAAGAACUAUCCUUAUUUUCUACCGUGUUUCAUUGCGGGUACAACCAAUUUUCUAGCCGUGGUUCUUGGAUUUUUUUACUUGAAAGAAACACUUCCAUCCAAGAUAGCAUAUCAGAAACCUCAACUUAACGAUGUCAGCGGUGUUGGCGAGGUCCUUGAAGAGUUCGGGGAUGAGCAAAACGUCACCCAGGUCAAACCUGAAUUUUCUGCGUUGUUCACACCGACUGUUGUUAGUGUUUUGCUCGGCUCGAUGUUGGUAUUCUUCCAGACCUCGUCUUGGAAUACCUUAAUUCCAAUAUAUGCUUACACUCGGUAUGAGGACGGCGGACUUGGCCUCAGUUUCAACCAGAUUGGCACAGCCCUUACCACCAAUGGAUUCGCCGCGGUAAUUAUCCAGACGGCUGCGUUUCCCUAUUUUCAAAAGAAGUGGGGAACUGUGAGAGUUUUUCGAAAGGUUUUGGCGGUUUGGCCAGUGGCUUUCAUGCUCUUGCCGAUGAUUCGCUAUCUGGAAAAGCAGCAGAGGGAACGUUAUGGAGAAGAUGUCGGUUCCAGGGCAGCUGUGGCAGGUUUGAUAGGUGUCUUAGCCCUUAAGAGCGUCGGUGGAAUGUCAAUGGUAUGCAUUGCUUUGUUGAUCAACUCUGCUGCACCAUCUCCUUCUACUCUCGGGGCCUUGAACGGUUUGGCGCAAACCUGUUCAGCAUUUUCAAGAACGUUUGCCCCGGUGAUCAAUGGAGCGAUAUUCUCUAUCAGUAUUAAUCGGCAAUAUCUGGGGGGAAACUUAAUUUGGUUCUGGGGAAUAUUGCUUUCUUGUUUGACUUAUUUGUUUUCGCAAACCAUCAAGAUUGAAACUGAGGCCGCUGUGAUAAGAGCUCAACCAGCUCCGUCUUGAGCUCUCCAGCUCAGCUUUCAAAGUACCUACAGCCAGUUUGCAAAGGUUUUUUUUAUCAGGUUGGCUCUGACCGGGGUGUAUUCUUUUCUACUUCAGGAAGUGUUUGAUUUCUUAUCUAUG